AUGACAGAAGAUCAAAUCACCGGUGUAGUCGCGAAAAAGGAGCAGCCGUCAACACCGAGCUCCUCUGAUAUGCAGUUUUACUAUCAGUAUCUGUAUCCAUACAAAUCGAUUUUUCAAUGGUUGAACCACUCACCCAAGCCUGGUAGAGACAUGAUUAACAGAGAAUUCGCAUUGAAGUUCAGAUCCGGCGCGUACAAGAGAUAUGUCUCCUUUAGUUCUGUUCAAGAGUUCAAGUCGCAAAUUGAGAAAGCCAACCCUGAUAGAUUUGAAAUAGGUGCUGUAUUCAACAGGCCACCUAAGGAAAGGGAUACAAUUUUGAAAACAGAAUUACAGGCUUUGGAAAAAGAACUCGUGUUCGAUAUUGAUAUGGAUGACUACGAUGUUUAUAGAACAUGUUGCUCUGGUGCACAAGUUUGCGACAAGUGCUGGAAAUUCAUUGGUCUAGCAAUGAAAGUGAUGAAUGUGACAUUAACUGAUGAUUUUGGUUACAAUGAUUUCAUGUGGGUAUUUUCUGGUAGACGUGGUGCGCAUUGUUGGGUCAGCGAUAAGCGCGCUCGAGUACUUGGGGAUAUCCACAGGAGAAACGUGAUUGAUUAUCUGAACGUCGUGAAAGAUCGCAAAGGCGAUAAGAGACUAAACCUGAAAAGGCCUUUACACCCUCACUUAGUGCGCUCGUUGGAGAUCUUGAAGCCUCAUUUUGCCGCCAUUAUCCUUGAUGAGCAAAACCCUUGGGAGGAUGACCUAAGAGCUUUCGAUACUCUACUAGGUGGUUUACAUGAUAAACAGCUCAUCGAGGCCUUAAAAGUGCAUUGGACAAAAAAUUCAGGUAGAUCCAGCAGGGAAAAAUGGAAUGACAUUGAUGUGAUAGCAAGUAAAGAGAUUAAGAGCAAUAAAAAGAAUGAAUUUGCCAUAAGAUUACGAGAAUGCAAAGAAGAUUUAGUGAUGGCAACACUUUAUCCGAAAUUAGAUAUCGAAGUUUCUAAAUUGACAAGCCAUUUGUUGAAGUCACCAUUCUGUGUCCAUCCAAACUCAGGAAAAGUUUCUGUUCCGAUUGAUGAAACUUUCAGGCUUGAAGAUGCUCCACGAUUAAUUGACUUACAAAUAGAAAUGGAAAGAAAUAAUAACAAUGUGGAAAAGACGAGCUUGCAGCCGUUUAUCGAGAACUUUCAGAGAUAUACAAAUCAAUUGAUGAAACAGGAACUAGGUUCCAUUAAAAGAGAACGUGUAGAGGAGCAGGAUGCUCUUGACUUCUAG